CUUUUUAUAAGUUUUCGGAUGUACGGUACUACUAGGGGAAACCGGAGAUCCCCUCGCUAUUUCGGAGAUUGCGCAUAUUUCCGAAUAAGAGUGGAGAAAGGGGUUAAAUUGCUAUUCCAUUAUAAGUUCGUCGUGAGUCUGAAGCGAUAAAGUUAAGAAGUAUCACUACAUCCCAGUCUUCAUACGAAGGAUCCAACUUAGAACUGACUCCGCUUUUACCCUAAUUGAUCGUUCUUGCAAUCCGUCCCCGCGCUCAAGGGUCCGAUGAGCCCCACUUUAUACCGGAGCCGGACCGCAUUAAGCCAUCGAAUCGCACCCGGUAAUGCACCCACGUAUUCCGAACGUAAUACGGCGAGGAAUGAGAGGGUAUGCUGAGAUUGUGUGGGUCUCUUUGAUCUGCCGAUGAGGCACAGGAUUCUUUGCUUUAGACCUUCGUCGAUGCCAAGGUAGGCUAUUAUGUGUGGAUGCUGUAAGAUCCGUAUACGAUGCUAGUGCCAAGGCGUCGAAAACGAAAUAAGUUAGGUGAGCCGUCCUUCGGAUGAACAAGCCGCUCAUCGCGAUGCCUGUAUUUUUAUUAUAGUACAUCCUCUCACCCGUCUUUUUUAGCUAUCCUCCACCUUAACAUCAUCUAGAUCUACCUAGUUAUCAACCAUGUCACUCUUAGGGGCCAAAGCCCGGCGCGCAGCUGCGUCGAUACCAUUUCUUCUUAUCUCAGUCUGGUGCUUUCGCAUGAUGGAUAUUGAAAAGCUAGUAGAGAACCAACAGCCCUUCGUCGACUCCGGAGUAAUUGAAUGGGAAGGCGGAAAAGUUUUGAUCCUGGAUCACUUCCACAACAUAGGCAUUCUUGACCAAAUUUGGCGUGGAUCGAUGGGUACUUUCUCGCCGUCUACGUUCGGAUAUGAUCCCGUCGCCUGGUGGCAAAUGCUCUCGUUUCUUACCGAUCUCGGGCCGGUGUAUGCGCUAUGGAUCUUGGAAUCCUGCCGUGCCGGAAGCUUUUAUACACCGGCGUACCUACCGACGCUGUUUAGUCUCACUGGACAAUUGACAGGCUUGGGAUCACUAGCACCCAUUUUCUACUUUCUUUGCUUCGCAUUUGGUCCGACGGCUUCCGACCUGGCUCGGAUGCCGGCGCGGGACCGAACUAUCCGACGUGAGCAUGUCGGGCUUCUACUUCCGCUCGUCUUAGUCUUCCAUACGUAUCAGGUGUUCGGCAUAUUCUUUUCCCCGGAGCUAUCGACGCGGCAUUUCUGGACUUGGGCUUGGCAGCUGGCUCCUUUCUGGAUCGGCGUCGGCAACGUUCUGCUCGCCGCGAUGAGCAAGCCACUUCUACCCAAAUCGAGCAGUCUGACGUCGGCAAAAUUUCUUCUAUUAGUAUUGGGCUUGAUCUCGGCUGGUGUUUGGGGCUACAUGCUGCUGUAUUCGCCUUAUCCCUUGUCUACCGUCUUCUUACCUAUGCUGGAGUCCCAGACCGAGUUUGUCGCACAUUGCCGAAAAGCACUACAAGCCGACCACCUGGCUGUCUUCGGCAGCUCGUUUCUCUGGCUGAUUUACUCGUUUUACGACCUUCAUCUUGCUGGUCUGCUAGGAAAAGGCUGGUUAUAUAACACCGCACUCCUACUCGCCAUUACCGCCUUCAUCGGGCCUGGAGCUGCUUUCACUUUUGGCUGGUACCUGAGAGAGAAGGCGUUGUCAACCUACCAGAAGGGUUGACCUUCUUCCACUUAUCGUUCAUAGUUAAACUAUUUAUAGGAAGUGCUCCAGGAGUCGGAUGUAGCAGGCCGAGUUCAUAUAUUGUGUCCGAUCCGCGGGUGCAAGCAAUCGGCUAGAAUGCGCCAUUCGGGGAUGCAUUGCAAUCCUCUAUAACCUCCCGACACCCAAUUAUAAUCGACCGCAAUUUUCAUCUAAUCGCCUGCCCUAGGCCAUAUCCUCUCCAAAUACUCCUCGCC